UUCGAUCAAUUUUAGCUCGUAAAGAAGUAUUCAAAAUUCGACUUGAGCCCAAUGUGACACUUGUUUAGAGUUAUUUUGGUCGGAAUUCACGCAUGAGAAAUUUGAAGGAAACACUGUACGGAAGUAAUUGACCCAAAAACAUGGAUUAAUGAAAAUUAAAAAUUAAUUAAUAAAAAUAAAAGAGAGAAAAAUUUUAAGGAUCCAUAAGAAACCAAACUCCGGGACUGUCUUCCUCUCUCUUUCCUUUUAUCUUGUUUCUUUCGCUGGGAGAUUGUGACGUCAGCAAUCCGACGUCAAAUCGUUCUUUUAAGGAAUCUGGAAAGCUCCACGAGGUAUUUUUCUUUGCAGAUUUUGUGAUGCGGCAACGUUUCGUGCAAUGUGAAAAUCUUAAGCGUUUUAUUUUGUUUUAAUUUUCCGUUUUCUUGUUUGGAAUUUAUGGUUUUACUUCUCCUUCAGAUCUGGUGGUUUUUGGUCUGAGAGUUUGGUUGAGGGAGAUUUUUGGUUUAUAAUGACUUUGUUUGUUUUGGUUUUGGUGAAUAAUUUGGGAUGAUGAUGAAUUGUGAUUGGAAGUUUGGAAAUUUAGGGGUUCUUUGUGUGUUUUAAAGUGAAUUUGGGAUGCUUAGGAGCAAAAAUUUUCAAAUUUAAGGUUUUGUGCUCAUCAUUGGCAUUUAUGGCUGAGAGUAGGAGAUCUGGCGACCAAUCUGGGAUCGUUAUGAAGAGUAGGAGCACUUCAGGUUGUUUAAUUGUGAGAAAGAAGAGCGAGGGUGUUAAUGUGGCUGGUACCUCUGGUACUCGAAAGGUUUUUGAGUUGAAAAAAGAAAAAAAGAGGCCUAGGAUGGUUAUGAGUGAUUCUGGGUCCAGUGAUGAGCUGUUAAUGCCACCUUGUAGAAGGGUGGGUUCUGAGACGUUAAGAGUUUGUAAUGGUUUGAGUGUUUUAGAGAAGGGUGGUGUAGAAGAGAGUGAGUUUAGAAGGAAGAGGGAUAGGGUGGAGCGAGUUAGACAUAACGAUGAUGAUUUGAUUGGUAGGACUGACAGGCAUAGUAAUAGGAAGAGGAAUAGAUUAGAUGUCUUUGAGUUUGAUGAGUACGAUGGCCUUGAUGGGGAGAUGAGGAGGAGGCGGAAGCAUUUGGAAAAUAGCAGAGUGGGUAGUGGAGGGAGAAGGUUUGUGGAGUCAAUGGCUAUGGGAAGUGGGAUUGAGAGUCAAUUUGAUACUAGUUUGAGUAGAAAUGUUGUUGCUAAGAGAAAGAAUUUGUUUCUUGAGAGAACAAGUUGCUUUAAUCAGGGUGGCAUGAAUAGGUUUGGGAUGGAUAGGGAUGUUGGUCAGAUGCCUAUAUCAUUUGAGAGAGAGAAGUAUAUGGAAGACUCAGAUGAACCCAUUAGGCUUCAGGGGAAAAAUGGGGUUCUAAAGGUUAUGGUGAACAAGAAGAAAAAGAUGGGUGAUCCUGUGAAAAAGUAUGAUCACUUGGAUUCUGAGGAAAACCUGAAUAGUUUUAGAGACAGUAAGAGGAAUGUGCCUAUACCUUCUCCAUCUUACUUAGAAGCAGAAGUUCUUGAGAAACCUUUAUCAUUUGUUAGGACUGAGAAAAAUCAGAUUAGUUUGCAAAAAUCUCUGCCAGCUAAGAAGAGUAAGGAUACUGAUUCUGAUUCUGCUGACAGCGAUACUGUGUUGAAACUUGGACCAAAGAGAACAGAAGCUCGUAAAUCCAAGAAAGAGGUUAGAUCGGAAAGUGAUAAAACUCCUGCCAGAAAGCUCGCAUUAACUGGUAGGAAAACAGGAAAAGUUAGGCGUGGUAGUGGCACAGAAAAACAAAAGCUACGUGAAAAGAUAAGGGGGAUGCUUGUGGAGGCUGGUUGGACAAUAGAUUACAGGCCUAGGAGGAACAGAGACUACCUUGAUGCAGUGUACAUUAACCCCUCUGGAACAGCUUACUGGUCCAUCAUCAAGGCUUAUGAUGCACUUUUGAAGCAGUUAAAUGAUGAAGAAGAAGAGGUCAAACCGAGUGUUGAUGGUUCUUCAUUUGCUCCACUGCCAGAUGAAGUCCUUAGCCAAUUAACUCGAAAAACACGAAACAAGAUUGAGAAAGAAAUGAAAAAGAAGCAAAAAGAUGGCAGUCAGAGUGUGAACACUAGAGAAGCUGCUUCCAAGAAAUCAUUUUCAAGUGCCAGGCAUGAUGAGGAGAGCAUGGGCAGCAGCAGCCAUGAGGAGAAACUAAGUUCAUAUUUAAAGCAGGGUGGAACAUCAUCUAAGAGUAGAAUGGACGAGAAUGGUAUUCUCGGCCAGAACUCAAAAGGUCCAAGUUCUACUCAUCAUAUGCAUGAUUCUGAGGAAAAACCUUUUUCUGUAUCAAAUUCUGAUAUAGUGCAUGGAAGGAAAAGUAAAAAACUUGGCAGAUGUACUUUACUGGUUCGUAGUUCCAAUGAUGGACCAAAUUCAGAGACUGAUGGAUUUGUUCCUUAUGCUGGAAAGCGUACCUUGCUUUCUUGGUUGAUUGACUCAGGGACUGUGCAAUUGAGCCAGAAAGUGCAGUAUAUGAAUCGUCGUCGAACAAAAGUGAUGCUGGAGGGGUGGAUUACUAGAGAUGGCAUUCAUUGUGGUUGUUGCAGUAAAAUACUUACAGUAACAAAGUUUGAGAUUCACGCAGGAAGCAAAUUGCGUCAACCAUUUCAAAACAUUUAUUUGGACUCUGGGAUUUCCCUUCUGCAAUGCCAAAUUGAUGCAUGGAAUAGACAAGAGGAUUCUGAGCGCAUCGGUUUUGACUCUGUGGACAUUGACGGGGAUGAUCCCAAUGAUGAUACUUGUUGCAUAUGUGGAGAUGGUGGGGAUUUGAUCUGCUGUGAUGGUUGUCCCUCCACAUUUCAUCAGAACUGCCUUGAUAUACAGAUGCUUCCAGCUGGUGAUUGGCACUGUCCAAAUUGUACGUGCAAAUUUUGUGGUUCAGCUGAUGAGGAUAUUAAUGAAGGAAGUGAUAUAACAACUUGUUCAAUACUUACUUGCCGCAUGUGUGAGAAAAAAUAUCACAAAUUGUGCAUGCAGAACAUGAGUGCUGUUCCAGUUGAUUCAAAUUGUUCAGUUACUUCUUUUUGUGGGCAGACUUGCAGAGAGCUGUUUGAGCAUUUGCAGAGAUAUCUGGGGGUCAAAAAUGAAUUGGAAGGGGGGUUUUCAUGGUCCCUUAUUCGUCGAACAGAUGAAGAUUCAGACACAAUGCUUCGAGGACUUCCUCAAAGGGUGGAAAACAAUUCUAAGCUGGCUGUUGCACUGACUGUUAUGGAUGAAUGCUUUUUGCCCAUUGUUGACCGGAGGAGUGGAAUCAAUUUAAUUCAUAAUGUUCUUUAUAAUUUAGCAUCAAACUUCAAUCGGCUGAACUACAGUGGUUUCUACACUGCUAUUCUGGAGAGGGGAGAUGAAAUAAUUUCAGCAGCAUCUAUCAGAUUCCAUGGGACUCAGUUAGCAGAGAUGCCUUUCAUUGGAACUCGCCAUAUAUAUAGGCGCCAGGGAAUGUGCCGUCGACUUUUUUGUGCCCUUGAAUCAGCACUCUACUCUCUCAAGGUUGAAAAACUGGUUAUCCCUGCAAUUGCAGAACUUAUGAGUACUUGGACGGGCAUUUUUGGUUUCAUGCCUCUAGAGGAAUCACUUAAGCAAGAAAUGAGGUCUUUGAAUAUGUUAGUAUUCCCUGGUAUAGAUAUGCUGCAGAAACUAGUACUGGAAGAGGAAAGUGUCAAGGAGAAUAUGAAAGCUAGAACAGGUUUACAGCGGACAGAGUUGGGGCCUAAGGCUGGUGUUAUACCUGAGGUAGUAAAUGAAUCCAAUACUGAUUCAUCAGUUAACCAUGAUCCUGCGGAAUGUGAGGCCAAGGCUGGUAUUAGACCUGAGGUGGCAAAUGAAUCCAAUAUUGAUUCAUCGGCUGACCAUGGUCCUGUUAAGUGUGCAGAUAGUGGUUUGAGUCAUGCUAAUCUUAUAAAUGGUGAGGUUGCAGCCACAGAUUCUGACUCCAAGUGUCCAGAUGUUUCCCUAAAUGAAUCAUCUGUGCUGAGUGAUUCUUCGAAUGGACAAAAUGUCUUUGUUGAGGGCACACCAUGCCCUCAUUCUCAACCUGGGGAUAAGUUGGCUGAAGCUGCUUCGGAUGGAAACUGUCUUUCUAACUCCUAUACAAGCCAUGAUGCAUCAGAGAGGAGAAAUAAAGAGGCCGAUAGGGAUGUUGUUCAUGCCAUAGAUGUCAAUGUUUCUGCUUCUCAUGUAGUUAAAAUUGCUGACUCUGCUAAGGAAUCUGCAAGUCCUAGCUCUCAAUUUGCAGACAAGUCAUCUGGAUUCACUUCGGAGAGGAAAAUUCUUGAAAACAAUCAACUAACUGAUUCUCCUCUUGAAGAAAACUUUCCGUCCCGCAAAGAGGAUGAUACAAACGAUGCCUGUUCAAUUGACGUUAAUAUUGCCACUUCACAUGAAGAUGAAUUUCCAGUUACAGGUGGGAGGAGUGCAAGUUCUGAUUUGAAAGCAGAGGAUAAAUUAGUUGAAUCUGUUUCGAACAAGUCUCUUGCCAUUGAUGAGAAUUGUGACAUGCAAUCAAAGUUGAGUUCGUCUGUCAAAAAGCGUCGCGAGUUUUGUAAAGAGGUUGAUAUGAUUGAGGCCCAUCCUAUAGAUACAAAUAUUGCAUUGGACAUGCAGAAUAGACUGGUAUCAGAUGAUCCUGUCAAAGACGGUACUCUCUCAUGUAUAGAGGAUGAUACCGACAAUGGCUGCCACACAGAUUACAACAUGGCCACAUCUGAUGAAGUUAAGAUUCCCAUUUCUGUUGCAGUGAGUUCAAUUGUUGAUUCACAAGCAGAGGGAAAAUCGUCUGAGCCUCCUUCCAAAGCCAUUUGCAAUGAACUACAGAUAAAACAGAAUCCGUCGCAUUCUCCAUCCAAAGAUAAUACUAAUAAAGUUGCACAUCCUGAUUCUGCCCCAUGUCCAGGGGAAAUCGCCACAGAGAAUACUACUGGAGCGGGCAAUUCCAUGUGAGAAAGUACAUAAUAUUCAGUCACCCUUAUGCCACUGCUUGAAGCUGAAACUGAGUUUGUUUCUGUUUGAUCUAGCUACUACAUUGCAUCAUGGUUGUCUUGUAAGCUCUACCUGGUAACAAUUUUUUCCGCCAUAAAUGUUAAGGCUGUGAUACUUUAUAUUCAUAAAGCCUAAUGACACCCAAUGGCCUAAGGGUAAGGUUAAGCACCAUCUCUAAGAGUCUUCAAAGAGUCUUUAAGAGGGGGACUUCUUAAGAUGUGGUUAGAAGUGUAUAUAGCUGAUCCAAUUUGAGUGUAGGAAGUUGAUAGAUAGUCUGUCUGUCUGUCUCUACCAAGCGGUAAUUAAGAAAUUUUUAUGUAGCAAUUUGUUGUUGUUCAGUGUAUCAUAAGGCAGCUCAUCACGUGACAAAUUUGAGGCUGGUUAAUGUUUGAAGAGCCUGCUUCUCUUGCUUCCCUUGUUUUCAAUGUUUGCCAUGCACGUGAGCACAUUUUGGGAAUUUGAACUCUUUCAUUGUACUAA